GCUAAGCCGCUCGAUUGGCAAAAAUCAACGCAAAAAAACCUUGAAAUCCUCAGUUUCGCAUUCAGGUGACCUCCAGUUCCAGUCGGAAGUCCAGGAGAACGUAAUAAACGCGUAGUGCGCUCGCUAAGCAACACACCUACUGUGGUGGAAAAUUCUUUCUUUCCAUUCACUGUUUCCUUCCAAUUUUCCGUAUAGUCUGUUCCUUUCCAUUUUGUUUGCGUUUCCCAACGAUUUGUGAAAACUAUACCGGUACCAGCAGCAAAACGCGCGCGGCCUAGAUAACAUUUCAUCAACAAAUCGGUUGACCACUUGACCAAAAGCAAAGUGAAAGCGAACAGACCAAGUGUCCUACGUGACUUUUUCAACAACACACAGCCCCCAAACACACACCUUCCGCUGCGUCUCUGCGGAGCAUUUCGGGCUCCCACAAGCGAACGGAACAAUUUAAAUCAUAAAGAGAUAACAUUCAAAGCAAACUCUCUAAACAUCAGUAAUCGGAAUCGCAACACCGCCAAGGCUCCCUUUGGCUAAUCGCGCCCUACGGAUUAGGCCGUUUUCGUUUCCCCCCCGUGUCCCCCCAAAUUCGUCAAAAUUUGCGUCGUAAAGAUGGACCUUUUAAAAAAAUUCAUGGGCCUCGACGGUAGAAAGGACGACGACGACGAUAAUCGCAAGAAAAAACCAUCUCUUGGGGACGAGUUCCGCAAACCGAUUUGGGUGGAAGAGGACGAUAGUGACGAUGAACUGUUCGACAACCAGAAGCUGUACGGUGUACAGAUCUUCACCAGUCCGCUCGAGAUGCAGAAGCAUUAUGAGCGCCAGAUGCAGGACAUGCUGAAAUCGCUCGAGCAGUACGAUGAGAGUACCAAGCUGUUGGAUCGCGAUCUGAAGGAAGACUUUUUGAAACCCGGCUUCGAGGAUGCCGCUGGAAACGAUCUAGCCAAAUGCGAUACGGAUCUCGAUGGAGUGAUCUACGCCGAUCAGCUUCACUCGCUUCUGCAGCGCAUCUCUCCCGAGUGGAAGGACUUGCUGUCGAAGCAACCGAAGAACGAAACGCCGUCUGAACCCAACCAACGUCGCAAGCCGCUUAGCGACGAGGAGAAAAUCAUGGAUUGGAUUCACGGCAUCAAGGAGCAGCAGCAGCAGCAGCCGAAGCAGUUCCCUCCGGCCGCUCGUCGCAACAAAGCUUCCCCUUCGCGCUUCCACGAUGUUGGUAUCUUCGAGGGUGCAUUCCAGGGACCGCGAAUGUUCGGGCAAAGCAUCAUCUCGCAGACGAUUCGCCGCCCGGAUGGGUCCUACGAAACUCGUCGUACGGUUCGCGACUCCGAAGGCAAUACGCAAACCACUAUAACGCUUGCGACGAAGGAUGGUCGCAAGGAAACGAUCACUACUGGGUACGAGGGAGCCGACGAUCGUGGGCCACCGUCCGGAGGGAAGCUGGGAACGGCCACUGCGCCGGGUGCUCUGCUGGCGCUUGGCGACAAGUUUGCGCUCAACAACGGUGGUUACGUGCUGCCGAAGAACCUCUGGUGACUUCACGCGCAAGCCGAACGUAACGAUACGCUGAAGGUAGAUGAUGAUCGGCAGAGGCCGAGGCGUGUCAGUAGUUUCCUGCUCCACCAGCACCCCACUGAACGUCGUCAGCAGCAGCAGUCCAACCAGCUUGGGCCCAGCCGGCGACAGUGCGGGGCGUGGCGUCAGGAUAUUUCGUGUAGUUUCCCUUGCACUGAGGAUCGAUACAGUAUCUACAGUAGUAAUAUUAACCGUAGCAGCAGCGAUAGUAGUGAUAGCAGCCAACGCUGCUGCAACGAUCUCUCUUUCCACUCUUUUCCCGCCUGCCCAGCGACUCACGGUAACCACAAAAAACGGUCGAAUUCCCACGAACCCGUUCUCGCACCUUCUACUCCGGCGGCGGCGCUUCUGCGAUCGAUCCAAGCCAGCCGCACACUGCUUCUGCUGCUGCUAGCGUUGCUUGGUACCGCUGUAGUAGCGUUCCCGCUUGCUGCGAUGUGCUGUGCCAUGCUGCUUUCCGUAAACGAUCGACUCACCGACGACCGCCCGAUCUUUCGUUCCACGAUCGACAGAGUUAUGCUUAUGUUUUCCUCCCGUGACCGGUGGACGCGUACGGUGACGAUUGUGGGCCUUGGCGGCUUAUGAAGAUUAGUGCCAGUGCACCCGAACGCGGGAACGCACCCACCGCCGUUCCAUCAUCCGCACCGACAGCGCCGGGUCGGGAAUGGAAUCUGGUUGAGUUUGUGAUAUUAUUUUACGUUAGGCGGCCCCGGCCACCGGUGGAGGAGGUCGAGCUAUUGCGACAUUAAUGGCGACUGCUACAUGUCGUCCACUAUGAUUGUGAUUAUGCUUACGGUUAUCAUUACGAUUAUUAUUGCUAGUAUCAAUAAUUAUGCUAAGUUCGGUAAGGACGAGCACGAAGGUCACGACGACGACGACAUGCCACGCAGCUGAUGAUGGCUGGAGAUCGCGAACGCGAAAGGGUUUAGGGUUAGGUUACACUGCACUGAGAAGUACUGAAACGGAGACGAUGGAAGCGCUCACAGCUCUUAAGAAGUGUGCAUAUAAUUUUAGCUAGUAUCUGUAAAUUUUGUUUUCUUAUUUAACAAAACGGAGUCGUUUUGGG